CGGUGGUGGCAGCGGCGGCAGCGGGUUCGGUUGCGCGUGGCGCACGGGGUGGGAGCGGAGCCCAGGCCGGGAGCAGGCGUCGCCGCCAGUGAGAAACCAGGGCGACCAUGGGGAACGUGUUGGCUGCUAGCUCGCCGCCCGCGGGGCCGCCGCCGCCUCCCGCGCCGUCCCUCGUGGGGCUGCCGCCGCCGCCGCCCGCGCCGCCCGGCUUCACGCUGCCUCCGCUGGGGGGCGGCCUGGGCGCCGGGACCAGCGCGGGCCGAGGGUCGGAGCGGAGUCCCGGGGCCUCCGCGGCCGGCGCCGGCGGGGCAGUGGACGAUGGGGCCUACGGCUGCCUGCCCAACCCCGGCACGUUCGAGGAGUGCCACCGGAAGUGCAAGGAGCUGUUUCCCGUUCAGAUGGAGGGUGUCAAGCUUACAGUCAACAAAGGGUUGAGUAACCGUUUCCAGGUGAACCACACGGUAGCGCUCAGCACAAUUGGGGAGUCCAACUACCACUUCGGGGUCACCUAUGUAGGGACAAAGCAGCUGAGUCCCACGGAGGCAUUCCCCGUGCUGGUGGGCGACAUGGACAACAGCGGCAGCCUCAAUGCUCAGGUCAUCCACCAGCUAAGCCCAGGCCUUAGGUCCAAGAUGGCCUUCCAGACCCAGCAGUCCAAGUUUGUGAACUGGCAGGUGGACGGCGAGUACCGGGGUUCCGACUUCACAGCAGCUGUGACCCUGGGGAACCCCGACGUCCUGGUGGGAUCAGGCAUCCUCGUGGCCCACUACUUGCAAAGUGUCACGCCGUGCCUGGCACUGGGUGGAGAGCUGGUCUACCACCGGCGGCCGGGUGAGGAGGGCACCGUCAUGUCUCUAGCCGGGAAGUACACAUUGAACAACUGGCUGGCCACAGUCACGCUGGGCCAGGCGGGCAUGCACGCCACAUACUACCACAAAGCCAGUGACCAGCUGCAGGUGGGCGUGGAGUUCGAGGCCAGCACGAGAAUGCAGGACACCAGCGUCUCCUUCGGGUACCAGCUGGACCUGCCCAAGGCCAACCUCCUCUUCAAAGGUUCUGUGGACAGCAACUGGAUCGUGGGCGCCACGCUGGAGAAGAAGCUGCCUCCGCUGCCCCUCACACUGGCCCUGGGCGCCUUCCUGAACCACCGCAAGAACAAGUUCCUGUGCGGCUUCGGCCUCACCAUCGGCUGAGCCCAGCCUCCGCCUUUCGUCCUCCACCCUGCGCCUCCCUCCCUCCCUCCCGGGGCGGGGGCAGUGGGAACGGGGUUCCGGCCCCCCCCCCCCCAGCAGCCCACCAGGGGGGUCUCAGGAUUCCCAGUGCCAGGGGGCCUGGGGUCCCGGAGGGGAUUCUGGAAUAUUCCGAGCACCGUGCAAGAGGCAGCCGGAAGACCUCAGGGCGGUGUCCCAGCAGCCCGGGGCCCCACCGAGCCGGCCCUGGGCAGCGAGAGGAGCUCCCGCCCCGUCCACCUCCCCCUCCCCCGUAUAAAUCAUGUUUAUAAGUUAUGGAAGAACCGGGACAUUUUGCAGAAAAAAAUAUAUACGUGGAAAAAAAAAA